CAUGUGGUGGUUCAGGUGUGAAGUUUGCAACUCUUCCACCACACACUAAACCUCAACAGUCACACUGUGCUAUUAUAAAUACCAGAACUGCCUCCUUACACCCAGUUACAGGAACUCAAUCUUGAAGAGCAUCACAGCAGCCAGACAACCACCUGCACAAUGAGGAACUUUACUUUGGUAACAGUUCUGCUCCUCCACAGCCUCGGUUGGAUCGCCGUCUCGGUGAAUGAAUAUAUGGAGGUUCAUCCUGGUGAGAACGUCACAUUAAUGUGCUCCAAUUAUUCCAGUUUCCCCACACAGAUAUCCUGGUUCAGAGCAGUGAAGAAAUCCAAGGUCGCCUGUAUCUCCUAUAUGUUUCAAGCAUCAGAACCUGCUACAUUCUGUGAGGGAUUCCAAAAUGGAAAAUUUGAAAUGAGCUCCAAUACGUCCACAUUGUUUCUCAGAAUCAAACACGUGGAUUUAUCCGACUCUGGACUGUAUACUUGUGGAUUUUACAGGCAGGGAUAUCAAACUAUACGUUAUGCAACAAAUUUAGAGGUCCAAGAUGUGCCUGAAAGAUCAGCUAAGCUGAUGAGUGUGAUUCUGGGAGCUCUGACUCUUUUCCUCACCAUAGUGUGA